CUUUUCGAACGAGUUAUUAAUGCCUCUCACCGGAAGAAAGAAGAAAAAAGAACGGGAACCGCGUUUGUCAAAACUGACGGAGUUUUUAACUUUUACUGUGCUAAAUCAUGAAUUGAUAACAUCCUACCUGGCUACUACCAAUUAAAAGAUGGAUAACAUUGGAGAAGAAAGGGAGGAAAUUGAAGAAGAUAUCGAACGGCUUAAUCUAGCUUUACAAGCAGAAGGCGCAGAAGCUGGUUUACAAGAUGAAGAAGAGGAAGAGGACGUACUGAGUAUUAACGAUGACAGUCUGGAGCAUGAGGAUUAUGAAAGCGUGGACACUGUUUUUUCCAUCAUCUCUCAUGCAAAGCAAGGGGCUCCCAGUGAAAUUGACCAGUUCUCCGAGAUGUCUGAAAUUAGUCAUCUGCCCAUUAAUGCGGAAACGUGUCUAGCACUCAACAGAACUUAUCAAGAACUUAUUCUUGAGUCUCUAAAAAGAAUUGAUCUAGCUUUAAAUGAAAACAGAGAAAAGCAGAAAAUAUUAGAGGAAGGGUUGGAAAUGAAAACUAAAGGGGGCUCCAAAAGCACACAGAAGCAAGGAAAUAAAAAGAAAAGCUCAUCUUUGUUUUGCAAACCUUAUUUCAAAGACAAAGAUCACAAGGUACCACCUCCUAACUCUGAUGUUGAAAUGAAGAAGAUGAACCAGGAACACAAACAAGAUGUAACACCACCUAUGCCUUGGAGUAUUGCUCAGAGGUGCAAACUUCAGGAUGCUGUAAGGGAGGAGGCUAUGAAACAAAAACUGGUCCCUCUCAUGAACAGGAAAGAACUUUAUGUGGAGAAAGUUAAGAAACUGGAAUCAGAACUGCUGAAAAUUAACAUGGAGAAGACAACACUGGAAGAGGAAGAAAUAAAAAAUGCCAAAGAACUGGAUGAACUCAGUAAAAAAGGCAACAAGCUUGAACAGGAAUUUGCAAGCUGGCAGGAGAAGAUUGAUGCACUUGACAGAGAAAUGGAGAAAGUCAAAGAGACAUCAGAAGUUGAACUACUCUUCGGUGUUGACAGUGAAAAAGUGGAUUGGCUCAUGAUUGCCAAUGUUAUUUUUGCAGGUAAGCGUGAGGAGAGAGAGUGUGAGAUCAUGUGGAGGAACGUUUUACAUCCCUCCAUCAACAAAGAGAAGUGGUCCACCCAGGAGACUAAAGAGCUGCAGGAACUGGCCAAUAAGUACCACAUGAGGAACUGGCCCGCUAUUGCUAAGGAAUUAGGGACAGGGAGAACCCCUUUCCAGUGCCUACAGUUUUACCAACACAGUCUCAAUGAUGCGUGUAGCAACAGACCAUGGACAGAAGAGGAAGAUGAAAUGUUGAAGGAGGUUGUAGAGAGUGUGCGUGUGGGAAACAAAAUCUCUUUUACUCAAGUGUCAUACUUUUUGGAUGGGAGAAGUCAGACCCAAUGUUUCGCCAGAUGGAACCAGAUUAAUCCGAAUACAAAGAGAGGAAGAUGGACUCUUCACGAAGACUGUUUGCUAAUGACUGCAGUGCAUAUGCAUGGUCCUAAGAAUUGGAAACUUGUACAGGAAUAUGUGCCAGGCCGGACCUCUGUGCAGUGUAGAGACCGGUACAUUCACUGUCUUGACCCCUCCAUCAAUGCUCCGGAUACGUGGACCUACGAGGAGGACAAGAAACUGCUCAAACAUGUCUACAGUCUGAUGGAACAAGGGAAUCCCGUGAAGUGGACAAAAUUGAUAUCGGAAUUCCCGGGUCGCACGGACAAUCAGCUGAUAAGUCGAUACAAGAGACUGCAGACCUGGCAGAUGAAAUCUUCAUGGGUAUCGGAACAGUCGAAACAGCAUAGAAGACAAUUGGGUGUUGUGGAAGGGGAACAACUUGUGAAAGAAAUGACAAAAGAGGGACCAAGCACAUGUUUUAAGGAGACAGCUCAGUUAUUCCCGGAGGUUGAUAAAGAGGACUAUCUAAAACAAAUGGAGGACGAGAGAAAAGGUGAUUUAGUGGUUCCUCGGCCUCCAUUGAUGACUCGAAGCAUCACUCGGUGUUUUAAAUCAGUCUGGGAUAGAAAGAAGCAACUACACACCCUUGUAAAUCAACACCUGCAAAACCUGAACCCGGUCGUCCCUCAUCACAGCACCGCCAUUAAAGAAUUCAAGUCAUUUGAUACUCUGAAUAAAGUCCAGCAGAAGGCCAUUCAGAUGGUGAUGUCAAACAACCCCAAUCAGAUCACUGUAAGAGACAUGUUGAACCUGACCAAGAAAAUCAGCAGAACUGAGAACUGUAGAGAGGCACGUAUGAAGAGAUGGGAGGGUGACAUUCUGUACGAUGAACAGAUGAAGGAUGUCCUCAUCUGGAAGUGUUUUCAUUCCCUCCUUGUAGAGAAAAGAAUUGGAAGACCAAGGAAAUUUUACUUAUUCAGUCCAACAGGAAGAAAACCUUUAGUUGGAGAGGAGGAUGAGGAAGAAAAUGUAGAGAAGAUCACAAAUAUAACAUUAACCCUGUUAAUGAAUGCCUUAGAUGUCGAUUAUAAAGUGGCUUUGCAGAAGAGCAAGCAUAUGGACAUCAGCAACCCUGCGGUAAAGGACCAUAUCAAUUUCUUGACAAGGGUUACCCCCAACAUCUUGCCAGCAAAUACAACACAGAGACAACCAGCUAACGUAGUCAUUCAGAAUGUGUCUGCCACACAAGUUCAACCGUUGAACCCAGUCACUAACAGUGGACCCUCCAGCACCAUGAAUCAAUCUACAUCUAAAGAAUCCAGUUCUGCACAGAAUCCAAGUGCUCCUUCAACAUCAAGUACCCCAAGUGCAUCAUGUGUUGCUAGUGCAGAAAAAAGACAGUUAGACUCAGUACAGAGUAUGCAGUCUACCUCAGCUAGUCAAGGGAAAGAUAUUUCUAAACAAACAGGUGAUAAAUCUGUGUUGGGUAGAGGAACUAAAAGGAAAGAAACAGAAGGUAAACCUGAUGAUGAACUGGUGGAAGUGAAAAAAUCAAAAGCAGCUUCGUCCCUUACUGACAAAACUAAAGACAAUGCUAGAAAUGUCAACAGGAAGAGCACAGGUAAUUCAGAAGAUUCCAACAAGAAAGGUAACAAUCCCAUUGUUGAUGGAAGAUCAUCAACAUCAGCUGCUAAUUUGAAUCAGCCCAGCAUGAGUCAUACAUCAACAGCCAAUCUGUCUACCAUUCCAGCGGGGACUAGAAUCAUAAAACUUCCUCCAGGUGUAAAACUCAAACCAGGUGACAAAAUUCAGGACAUUUUAGCAGCUCACGGACAGGCUACAACUUCACCCCAGUCACAACAAGCACCUGCAAGUCCACAAGUUUCCCAAGGCCCAUCAAGUGGACCACAAAAACAAACUAUCAUUGUGAGAAAACCUACCAGUAGUGCCAAGGCGACAGGGGUAUCUCAAUCUCAGGGACAGAAACAAAGCGUGGUUGUAAUCAAACCUCCGACUGGAAUGCAGGAUCCCAACAAGGUAAAAAUUCUUCCUCCUGGAGCUAUCACCACAUGUGCUUUUAAGAGUUUGUUGCUACACAGAAAAUAUUUGAUGAAGAAAGCUGAUGAACUUUAUAAGAGGCAGUACUACAAAGUGCGAGGGGAAGAGCUCCAGAGGAAAAUUAAUGUGGAGGUGGCCAAACAGUCGGGUUCCAUGAAAGUGGAGGAGGGCAUUAGUGAGAGCGCUUUGAGUGCCGGAGCAUUGAAUGAAACUUUACAUACUACAGACAAGUCCAUAGCCAGUUAUGUAGCGGCUAAGGUAGUUAAAACAAGUGAUAAAAACACUGUACGACAUGAUGCUCUGGCAAAAAUUAGAAGAACCAAGGAUUAUAAAAUGUUGCAGAAGAGAUUUGAAGCCUUGUUUGCAUGGCCUGCUCUUUUAUCCACUAUUCACCCUGAAAAUGUAGAUAACGUGCCAGACAAAAAGGGCAAUGACAACCCAACAACCACUUUACAAAAGGGUGCAAAAAAAAGGAAAUAUCCAAAGGUGUCGGUGAAGAAAGGGGUGCCAUAUGUAAUCAUGGACAGAAACGAAUUGGAUCAAGCAGUUGUCGAAGAAACGCAGACCAAGCCAGUGAGAAAGAAGAAAGUCACGAAAACAAACUAUCCUUGUUUGAAAAGUAAACAUUCAUGGAGAAGAAGUGUAAUGAAUAGAGAAAUGAAGAAGGUAAAAAGGGAGGCCAGAUUGAAAAAACUGAGAGAAACAUUGGAGAGAAAGAAAAGGGGAGAGUUCCACCCUCCGCAGAAGACGAGGAGAACAGCAGUACCAUGCAGUACUCGCCACAGUGAACGCAGAACUGUUAAAAGACGCAUGGCAUACCAUUCGGAACCAUCAGAUACUUCUUCAGUGGUGCCUAAGAAAACAAUGAGGGUCUCAAAAAAGAGAAAACAAGAAAAUGGUGGAAACAAUCUUGAUAACAGCAACUUCCAGUUACUAGCAGGAGAUAACAGCAACUUCCAGUUGCUAGCAGGAGAUGCAGUUGUACCUGUAGCCCUGAUUAGUAACAUCUCAUCGUCCAUCACCUCUGGUAAUGUCCCCACUAGUCAUGAAGCUGGAACUAUGUCAGCACCCCAGACAUUCACACUGUCUCAACCAAUUACAAACGUUAGUGGACAGUUGUCUUCAGCAUCAAAUGCUGUAUCAGCAUUCGCAACAUCUUUCCCACUUCAAGGAGCCACAUUGCCAAUGGUAGCAAUAACAGACAUGCACUUUCAAACUGUACCUUCCACAAGCGGUGAUGGCGUGGCUCCAUUGAUUCUUGCCAUGAUGCCAUCUGCUGUGGGUGAUGGUCAGUUAGUACAACAAGGUGUAGAGAGCAGCGAAUCACAGAGAACAGCCAUCAGUGGCGGUCAGAAUCAGGUUGUCCCAGAUAGCAACCAAACGUAAUCCGUGAAAAUGUAUAACUGAUUAAUUCACCCGCCAGUCUCCACAGCCACCAGUGGCUUAUAGAAUCAGGUUGUCCCAGAGAGCAACCAAACAUGAUUUGUGAAUAGGUGUAACAGACAGGAGUUGCUGCAGAAUUAAAAAUUCCACAACUUCUCGAUGAUGGAAAGCCAUAGCCUGUACACUUUCAGAAGAGAGUGGCCACUCGGGAGCAUGUUCAGGGCUGUGCUCAAGAUCGUAGCUGUUAGGUUAACGAUAUCUAGCACUACUUUGUAGACCACUCAAUUUAGCUGCUAGGAGUCCGAUUUUAAGUACAGGCUCCAGGGUCUUAAAACUUGGAUGAGUUCAGAUUUUAUCUCGGUCUCACUGUUUAACUACUGUAUUUGUUCCUUGUCAGAAAGUGAGACUUAGAUUAAACGUGAGCUUGUUGAAGUUAUAUAUAUCUCUAAUGAUAAGUCAUUACAACAUGUCUUUUGAAUACAAAAAUAAUCGAUGAAAUCUGUAAGAUAAAGGAAAUCUAAUACUCAAAUCUCAAUGGUAAAGCAUAGUGUUAACUGAGGUCGUCUUGAUUUUGUUCUUUAGCCAGUAAAUAAUGUGUGUAAAACAUUGUCUCCACUGAUGAUUCAGAGAGAGAAAAAACUUGUUAUAAAAAUAAAUAGAUGUACUCACUGAUGUCACUUGGUGUAUUUUUCAGCAAAUGAAACAAUCAUCUGUGUAAGUGAAGAACUUAUUGUAAUGUACAGUUCAGCAUGGUCAAGUCUGAUUUUAUGGAAUUUGAGAUUUGAACUCUUUUUUUUGUGUGAAUUUCUUAAGAUUGGCCUAUGAAUGUAAAUUAUUAUGUGUACUAAGACAUGUUUUCACUUUGCUGUACAAGUAGCUAGUUUUGUUUUGAAUUAAACAUUUCUGUUGACUGCAUAAAA